ACUCUUUUUCAUCACUUCAACUCUUAAUAUCGUUUCUUCUUCUCCAUCUCUUCCUCUGUUUAUCUAUUUUUUUUUUCCAACGCUUUACUUUACAUCUUUCCAUAAAUGAAACCAUUUUACAUAUCUCUAAGUUUAUUGUUCUUCGUUACAGCCAGAGCUCAACAACCGUCCGAGGUGGUGAUCAACUGCUCGUGGCCAUGUCCGACAGCAUCCGAUGUGUGCGAAAUCACAGCCAACGGAGCAAGCUGCCAGCCCCGUCGAGGAUCCCAGUGGAUAAUGACGGCGCCCGACCAAUCGCCCAUUUACAUUGGCCCUCAUGCUGGGCUAAAUCAACCAUGUCUUUUAGCUCCCAUCCCUAGUCUUCCGGCCGCGUCGUCAGGCGAAACAGGAGGACCUGGAUCGACCAUUAUUCACUGGCCUCCAAACACUCCGAACCGUCCUUUGGAUCAGUAUCUUAGCAAUUGCGGCAACCGAUUAUUCUGCAGUGCCGACAACAACGCUUCACCCGUAUGCCAUCUACGUUUCAAUCCCGGCGCCAGUUGCACGUCUGCGAACCAAUGUUUUUCACGCAAUUGUGCAAAUGGAACGUGUCAAGCACGAAAUACGAAGCUUGCACGACGUUCUGCAGGUGCCACAUUUGCAGAGCAUCACGACGGUGCAGCCUUCAAUAUCGUGCAUGUGAUGGCAGCGGUUUUUGGUAUUAUAGGUGCAGCCAUUGUAGGCGUGAUCGUAUUUAUUAUGUUUCGUCGACGCCGACAACGCAAAAUGCAACAACAUGAACAACAAGCUGAGCAAGCGAUCGCUUCCAUCGAUGAAAUCGGCGACGGUGAACGUCCCUGUUCAACUGUCAAUAACAAGGAUUCCAGUCGAUCGAUUAGUCGAUUUGAUAAGUUUGCGAAUGCGUAUUGUCAUGAGCAACGAUACGCUGACACGGCAACAUCCGGUAUGACGGAGAAUCAUCCAAGUCCAUCUAUGCAACAAAUUCAACUACAGCUACAAUUACUGAAACAGCAAUAUGACCAACGACCCAGUGGUGGUUCAGUCGUCCCUCCUCCACCUUACCAGCCGUAAAGAACCAUUUUUCAUUGUCCUAGAACGCAUAAGCAUAUGCCGCAUGCUGCAUGGUUGAUAUGCGCUAAUCCCAAAACCAAUUUUGUAAAUAGAAAAAAACACUAUAUAAUUGCCUGCAUCCACUGGUCAUCAUUGCCACGAAUUCACUAUGUAAAGAAGAGAUCCGUCAAAAAGUAGAAAAAAAAACAGUACAUCCAUUCAAUAAACAUCAUCCCUUUCCUACCUUGUGC